CUGCACAUUCUAAAAUUGAAUUUUAAUGGUGAUAUUCUCGUUUUUAUCGAAAUAUAGUUCAGUUUAUUUCAAGGAGUCGUAAACUACGAUUAGGUAUGCGUUUGAGAGUAUUCGAGAGACCUAUUCUCGUGUCACUUCUGAUUAUCAAAAUAAUCGUGAUAUAUCUGACAUUUUUCCUCAAACAAAAUACGUUUUGGAAUCCUAAAGUCGAAGUUUCCACCAAGACGAUUCCAGUUACAAAACCACUAACAAAACACAUCAGCAAGCAAAUAACAAUUGUUAUAAGAGAAUUUGAACUUUAUGAAAAUGAUGUGACAUUAACAGCUCAUUCAUUCAUCAAUUUAUUUCCAAAUAUCCAAGUAUUUAUAUUGUAUGAUGAACUUCCUUAUCCUCCACUCGAUAUCAUUUUCACUAACAAUUCUCUCGCUAACGUUAAGUUUGUGAAGUUAUCACCAAAUCUGAGGGGUAGUUUUUCAGAUCAGUACCCACUUAUUGGCUUAAUAAAAACAAAGUAUGUUUUAUUUGUACCCGAUUCAACCAGAGCAUCAUCAAGGCAGAGCUUACAAAUAAUGAUCAAUGAACUCAAUAAGGUACCAGGACAAGUUGUGGUUGCAACUGUGAACAAUAGAAAAAAAUAUCCUGACUGUUUGAGGAUAAAUGUUAAUAUACGUGAAUGGACUUUGAAAUUAAGCUUGGUGAAAAACAUGCAGUGUGAUGGAAUAUCUGGAAAACAUGCUAUGCUUGUGGAGACUGACACUUUAAAAAGAUUGUCAAACGCAUUCUUUCUUCCAUUUCCUUAUUCAUUAUAUAUUCAGACUGCUGCACUGGAUAUUGAGAUUGUGGAAGGUUAUAUACUCAAAAAACAAUAAUAAACAUUGAGUCCUCCACAAAAGUCUUUCAAAGAAUCUAUAUUUCACGACUAUAAUAGAAAGUACGGUUUUGUUUGAGAAGUGUACCUACUAUUUUUCCUGGAAUUGGUGAAAAAAUAAAAGACAUUGUGUUAAUAAAUUAGGUAAAGUUCUUAUGUAAAUAAAAAUAAAAGGCCAAAAUGCUUUAAUUGUUGUUAAAUUUCUCUUGAUAUUUAUAUAUAAAUCUGUACAUCUUUAUUUAAUGUUAAUAAAAUGAAUACUCAAUAUG